AUGGAACAGAGACAAAACACUAAACUGAAACAUAACGGCUUGUGCCUGACGGCUCUCUGCUCCCCAGGCAACCUCUACUCCAGGCUAGUCCGUCUGGACGGGGACCACGUUGCCAUGCAGAUCCAAGACACGCCGGGAUGCAUCCAGGUGCAGGAAGACUGCGUGCAGGUGCUGGACUCCCUGACCAGGUGUGUGAAGUGGGCAGAGGGCUUCCUCCUGGUCUACUCCAUCACAGACUACAGCAGCUACCAGUCAGUCCGACCUCUCUACCAGCACAUCCGUAAGGUCCACCCAGAUGCCAGGACUCCCAUCAUUAUCGUGGGGAACAAAGCAGACCUCCUCCAUGCCAGGCAAGUACAGGCAAAAGAAGGACUACAGCUGGCAAAUGAACUGGGCAGCCUGUUUUUGGAAAUCUCCACAAGUGAUGACUCCCAAGGCGUUUGUGAUGUUUUCCAGUAUCUUUGCAAAGAGGUCAGCAAACUACAGCAUGUGGGCAGCACGGACAGGAGGCGGUCAUCCAUCAUCCCUCGUCCCAAAUCUCCCAACAUGCAAGAUCUAAAGAGACGUUUCAAACAGGCUUUAUCUUCCAAAGUCAAAUAAACCCCUCCCAUGAGAUCUUGUGUGACUCGACAGACUUUAUUUUUGUAAACUAGUUAAUAAAAAUCUUUAUUUUUGUACUAAUGUCAGCAGUAUGGAAGUAAGUAUGUUGAAGCUUGCAGUUUUGUUGCCAUUCUCUGUUUGACUGGUUGGGUAAUUUUUACAAAGGAAAAAAAAAAACAGCUGCAUAGCAACUAAAUAGAGGUAGUUGGAGAAAGGAAAUUUUUCCAGGAGGUUUUGAUUCUAUUUCUGGUUUGGUGCUGGGAUUUGAUGUUUUAAACUGCUCAAAUGACUUUUUUUGGGCCUCAGUUUCCUGUUUGUAAAAUGGGAGUGAUGAUGGUGUAACACUCACCUUUAUAAAAUGCUUGGAAAGAUUUUGAAGGAAAGCUUUAUAUGGAGAGGGAAAAAAGGCUUUAUUAAACAUAAAAAUAUAAAACUGUCUGUAAGAAUUCUGAUUAUAAUAGAUUCUCUGUUCUCCCUCAAUGACAGCUGUUUUUGCUUGC